CUUAGUUAAAGUUCUAAUAACCUCAAUAACUUUUCCCUCUAAUUGGGAUUCCAUCAUCCCCUCAUAUAUAUGUAUAUAUAUAUAUAAACAUCUAAAAUCUUUGUCAUAAUUUACAGACACAAAAAGAAAAAAAAGAAAAAGACACUAAGGUCAUGGCUUCUUCCUCUGCCAAUUCUAUUCUCACUCCAUCCUUGAUCACCCCUUCUUCUCAAGCAUCUUCGUCAUCACAAUCAAGAUCAUUUCUUGUCCCCUUUUCCCAUAACAACUUCACCUCCUCCACACCCAUAUCCUUAAAAGUCUCCCUUGGCAGGAAUUCUUCAUUAUCAUCUGUCAAGAAUGCAAUAAGCACAGCAGUAGAAUCAGCAACUCCCGUGUCCAGUUCGGAAAAAAUCAAGAAAGAAGACUUUCGAGAAACAAAGCCCACUCCCACCAUUUUAGUGUCCGAGAAACUUGGAGAUGCAGGCCUGAAGCUUCUACGUGAGUAUGGGAAUCUAGAGUGCUGCUACGAUCUCUCAAAGGAAGAUCUCUGCAAGAAGAUCGCGUCAUGCGAUGCACUGAUCGUGAGGAGCGGGACGAAGGUGAGCAGGGAGGUGUUUGAGGCGGCGAAAGGGAGGUUGAAGGUGGUAGGAAGAGCAGGAGUUGGCAUAGAUAAUGUGGAUCUUGGAGCUGCCACGGAGUUCGGUUGCUUGGUGGUUAAUGCACCAACUGCUAAUACAGUUGCUGCUGCUGAACAUGGGAUCGCUUUGCUUGCUGCCAUGUCUCGUAAUGUUGCUCAGGCUGAUGCCUCCAUGAAAGCUGGAGAAUGGCAGAGAAACAAGUACGUAGGAGUAUCAAUUGUGGGGAAGACAUUAGCAGUGAUGGGAUUUGGGAAAGUGGGAACAGAAGUAGCAAGGCGUGCAAAAGGAUUGGGCAUGAAUGUAAUAGCUCAUGACCCUUAUGCACCUGCUGAUAGAGCUCGUGCCAUUGGUGUCGAAUUGGUCUCUUUCGAUCAGGCCAUUGCUUCUGCUGAUUUUGUUUCUCUCCACAUGCCCCUUACUCCUGCUACCCAGAACAUCUUCAAUGAUGAUACUUUUUCCAAGAUGAAGAAUGGAGUUCGCAUUAUUAAUGUUGCUAGAGGUGGUGUCAUCGAUGAAGAUGCCUUAGUCAGGGCCCUUGAUUCUGGCAAGGUCGCUCAGGCAGCACUGGAUGUAUUCAGCGAGGAGCCCCCGUCUAGAGAUGGCAAAUUAGUGCAGCAUAAGAAUGUCACUGCCACACCUCAUCUUGGUGCAAGCACAAAGGAAGCACAGGAAGGUGUAGCAAUUGAAAUAGCAGAAGCUGUUAUUGGAGCACUGGAAGGAGAACUUUCAGCCACUGCUGUGAAUGCCCCCAUGGUUCCUGCUGAAGUGUUGUCAGAACUAGCCCCUUAUGUCAUACUAGCUGAAAAACUUGGCAGGCUUGCUGUACAGCUGGUUGCCGGAGGCAGCGGAAUCAAAUCAGUGAAGGUGCUUUACAAAUCAGCUCGAGACCCAGAUGACCUCGACACCAGACUUCUUCGAGCAAUGAUCACCAAAGGGAUUAUCGAACCAAUAUCAACUUCAAUUAUCAACCUGGUAAAUGCAGAUUUUAUAGCAAAGGAAAAGGGACUCCGCAUCAGGGAGGAACGUGAAAUGGUCGAUACAUCCCCUGAAUCUCCUGUCCACUCACUCCAAGUACAGAUAUCCAACGUUGAUUCUAAGUUUGCAAGUGCUGUUUCGGACACCGGAGACAUAAGCAUCGAAGGGAGGGUGAAAUACGGGAUUCCUCACUUGACACGGGUGGGAUCAUUUGCUGUUGACGUGAGCUUGGAAGGGAACCUCAUUUUGUGCAGGCAGGUAGACCAACCAGGCAUGAUUGGCCGUGUCGGAAACAUUCUCGGCGAGCAUAAUGUCAAUGUCAGCUUUAUGAGUGUUGGGAGAACUGUCAGGAGGAACCAGGCUAUAAUGGCAAUUGGGGUCGAUGAAGAACCUCAAGGCCAGGCACUUGUAAAAAUAGGUGAGGUAUCUGCUAUUGAGGAGUUUGUUUUCCUCAAGUUGUAAAUUGUUGGGGGCUAAUUAAGAAAAAAUAUCCUGAUGAAAUUGUGUUGCUUGGAAGAUGAAUGUUAGUGUUGGUUUUCAGGAAUCUUGUUUGUAAGUGGAGUAAAGAAUAAAGUUGGUUAAGCCACCUGCUAGAGAAGGAUCACAAGCUAUCUAGCUUUGACAUUCUAGGGCUUUCCAAAAUAUUUUAGCUAAGAUUAUAAAUUUUUUUGUGUAGUUAUAUUAGUAUAUAUGUAUGUAUGUUUGUCUAUGAACAGGAGAUGGAUGGUUCUUUUUCUUUA